CGACGGCGGAACACUCACCGGAAUCCGGGCUGCUUGCUUGUAAUUCGUGCAGGCGCCAAUUGGGCAGGGGAAGCCUUUCCACCCUGGAGUCACACGGCCAGAUGUGCUAAUCACGUUCAUAACCCGCCUAACCUUGCUCUUCGUGUCAUCCUCAUGGCAGCCCUGCGAGGCAGGCCAGCCAGAGAGACAGGGCCUGGCCCAUGGGCUCCCUCAGUGAGGACUCGAACUCAGCUCUCCUAGGUCGUCGGUGGUCAGGCCAAGAUAGCAGACGUAUCACCAUGCUGGCUCGCCAUGUUUUCUUCUCUCUGAUUCCAGCGGCUGCCCGCGGUCUCCAGGAUGUGAUGGGCCCCAGUGCCACAGCAGCUGUUCCCUCUCCUCUUCUUUUCCAAUGCAGAUGCGUGCCACCUCCGUCUUGAAGGCCCCGGGUGGGUGGGCUGCCUGCAGAUCUCCCUGCCGUGCUGCCUCUUCCUCCUCCUCCCCCUCGUCGCCCGGGACGGAUGCGCAGGCGCUGCGCUUUGUGCCGGCCAGCCCUCCCCUGGACCCCGCGGACGCCCGAAGGCUGCAGGAGUUCGUGCGGCACUCCCAGCGGCUCUUUGUGCUGACCGGGGCCGGGGUCUCCACCGAGUCCGGCAUCCCGGACUACCGCUCCGAAGGCGUGGGCCUGUAUGCCCGCACGGACAGGCGGCCCAUGCAGCACGCGGAAUUCCUCCGCAGCGCCAGAGCCCGCCAGCGGUACUGGGCCCGGAACUUCGUGGGCUGGCCCCAGUUCUCCUCCCGCCAGCCCAACGCGGCGCACCUGGCACUGCGGGACUGGGAGGCUCUGGGGAAGCUGCACUGGCUGGUGACCCAGAACGUGGACGCCCUCCACAGCAAGGCUGGGAGUCGGCGCCUGACAGAGCUGCACGGCAGCAUCCACAGAGUCCUGUGCGUCAGCUGUGGAGACCAGACCUCCCGCACUGCACUCCAGGAGCACUUCACAGCCCUGAACCCCGCGUGGCAGGCCGAGGGCCACGGGGUGGCCCCCGAUGGUGACGUCUUUCUGACGGAAGAGGAGAUGUGCCAUUUCCGUGUCCCCUCCUGCGAAAGAUGUGGUGGGGCCCUCAAGCCGGACGUCACUUUCUUUGGGGACUCCGUGCGCAGAGAGAAAGUGGACUUCGUCUACCGGCGCCUGGCCGAAUCAGAUUCUGUCCUCGUGGCAGGGUCUUCACUGCAGGUGUACUCGGCAUACAAGUUUGCUCUUGCGGCCCGUGAGGGGAACCUGCCAGUCGCCAUCGUCAACAUCGGCCCUACCAGGGCGGAUGCCUUUGCGUCGCUGAAAGUGGACUCUCGCUGUGGGGAGCUGCUGCCUUCCAUCGUCCUCAGCUGACCCAGGUCUGCUUUGAUGCUCAGCCCGCUCAGAGAGUUGCUUCAGCAGCCACCCUGGCAAGAGGCACCAGCUGCAGCUUCUCUGGAAACGCGGAGCUACCUGUGUCCCUCUCCCGUGAUUUCAGCCUCCGAACCUCUUCACGUCCUGUGCAAACUUCCCAGGUCCCUUUGGUGGCCGUUCCGCGCCUUCUGCUGUGCUGUUGGAGCACGAGGCAGCGUGGGCGGUUUGUUCAUCAGAAGAUCCCCAGAAGCCACGUGUCUUGGUUUCAGGUCACACAUGCUCUCGUUUCUGCAGGUGCCUCUGCGUAUCUAAUGCUGGACUGAAAUUCGUGCUUCCUGGAUUUACUUUUUAUCAUAGUGUAAGCAUGAUUUUGUGCGCACCUUUCACUACUGGCCCUGCGUGGGGCUGCAACACAUACAAAUGGGAAAAUUCUCGCGGGCCUGUCCAUAGCUUCGGACGUUUAUUUCGGGCAGGACUGCCUUCGGCGCCGAGUUCACAGUUGGGUGCAGGUAAGGGCACUUUCCGCAUGGAGCUGGAAAGUAGCAUCGUUUGCAUCUGCACAAGGCACCCAAGGCUGCUAGAGUGAGGUUGGAGAGAACGUAAUGAAUAAAAUAAGUUAUAUUUCUU